UGUAAAGAGAUGCACCAAUAUAAAAAUAAUUAAGAGUCUUCCCUCGUUUCUAUUUUCUUUAUUCUGACAAAAAAGAGAAUAUAAAAUAUAAAAAAGAAUUAAGCUUUUCUCUUUCUAUUAUAGUUUUUGUAUCUGUUCUUUAAAAUCAUGUUAAUGAAAAUACAGUCUGUGUUUGCCAUCUGGGCAUUCUUGCUUGCAAGUUACGUGUAUUGCUCUGAUAUCACAUUCGACUAUGAAUACAAGAACGCAGGUGGCUUAUUUGAUUACGUUGCCUAUCAGUUCUAUACUAGCAAAGGGUAUUCAGGAAGCUUUAACACCAAGCCAUAUACUAUUGGAUCAGACACUGGUAAUUGGUGCAGCAGAGAUGGCAUCUUUUGUGCGCAAGACAAAAGUGUUGGAAGCACUAGUGGUAACAUUGUCUUAUCUUAUGCAAAUCAAAAGAAGACAUACAACAAGAGCCAGUUUCAUAAAUCAGGCAGCUUAAAUCAAAUCUUUGAUAGAUGGAAGGAUUAAGCUCUCAGAAUGGCUAACACGAUCUGCAUCAGAAAAUGGACCUGAAAAAUAAAAUUAAAGUUUUACAUAUUUUGCCCCUUUCUGAAUUUUAAAACUUGG